CAGAAGUCUCCAAUGUCUCCUUAUCAUAUCCGAAAAUACCAGGACAGCGACCACAGGCAUGUGGUGGAUUUGUUCUGCAGAGGCAUGGAGGAGCACAUCCCUGCCACCUUCCGCCACAUGCUGCUGUUGCCCCGAACCCUCCUGAUCUUACUCGGGGUCCCUCUUACUCUAUUCUUAGCCUCAGACUCCUGGCUUCUGGUUCUUCUAUCCAUCCUUACUCUCUUUGUUUCCCUGUGGCUCCUUGCAAAAUACACUUGGGAAAAGCAUAUGACAAUGUGUUUGCACACAGACAUGGCUGACAUCACCAGAACCUACCUGAGUUCUUGUUACUCAUGCUUCUGGGUAGCUGAGUCUAGGGGUCAGCUGGUGGGCAUGGUGGCUGCUCUGCCAGUGAAGGAUCCCCUCCUGCAGAAGAAGCAACUGCAGCUGCUUCACCUCUCUGUAUCCUCGGAGCACCGAAGAGAGGGCAUAGGGAAAGCUAUGGUCAGGACUGUCCUCCGGUUUGCACAGAUGCAGGGCUUCAGUGAGGUUGUCCUUACCACCAGCAUGCUGCAGUAUGCAGCCCUCGCUCUCUAUCAGGGCAUGGGCUUCCAGAAGACUGGUGAGACCUUCUACUCCUAUAUCUCCAGACUAAGGAAAUCUCCAAUGAUACACUUCAAGUAUUGCCUCACUUCUCUUCUGGAAGGGGACCUGUGA